UCAUAGACGGACGAAGAUUGAGAGAGAGAGAGAGAAUGAAAGGCGAACAGACAAUGACGCAGCUGAAAGAAGCCAUCAUCGCCAUCGCAACAGACGGUGUCACCGGAGCUGCUGUUGGCGGCGUAGCAGGAACGGUCAUGAUCAUGUCCUGCCGCUGCCGGCGUAACCCUCGAGCCGUAACUCAGAACGCUCUAAGGUGUGCUCGGGACUGUUCAGCAUCUUUCGCUGCAUGGAAUGGAACAGAGUACGUAAUGAAAGGAAUCAGAGGCAAAGAUGAUCUUACGACUGCCAUGGUCGGAGCAUCAGGUGGUGGGUUGGCAUACUCUUUUGUGAGCCAAGGCUUGAAAGUAAAGCCCGCACUCUCCUUGGCUGCUUGCUACGCUGUUGCGGGAGGAACACUUCAUAAGGUGAAGGAAACAAUCAGUGCAAGAAGUGAACUUUCCACCAGGGGCAAGGCUUCUGAUACUUGUGUUGGAUCAAUUAAUUAAGCCCAAUGGCUUUAAUAAAAAUUGGCAAAUGUUGAAAAGAAAUGGGCCUGUGGGUUAGUCAUUUUAAUGACUUUAAUGAAGGGAAAUUGAACAUCCCACAUCGGCCAGUAAGAGGAAGAGUGAGCAGUUUAUAUAUGACCAUGUAGUAUCAUAGUUUAAACAGCUUGGAGAGAGAGAAAGGCUCCCCACGCGCGCCGCCGCCGCCGUCCGUCC